AUGGCCCAUAAUAGUAAUAGCAGCCCGCGGUAUAUUCCGCUGCCCAAAUCCCUCUGGGAAUUACGCGAUCGCUUUCCAACCGUCACUCGAUGUGUGUUGCUGCAGUGUGUACGCUGCCAUCGCUGGGUCGCACAGCCCGUCACUAACAGUAUUCCAGAUGUUGUGCAAACCUGCCCAAUACCCGCAACAACAACAACAACAACAACAACAACAACAAGUGAGGUAGGGACAACACAACCAUCAUCACAACAAGAGCAACAGAAGCAAGAGGAUCAGAAAAAAAAUGAACAAGAGCAACAAUCCUUGAAGGAGGAAUCAAGAGAUGAGUGGAGAUCACCUCGAUUGCGACAACAUUAUGAAAAAGUUUUAGAUGUUAUUAAACCAACCAGAACACAUCAGCAUCAUGAUGAACCACAAAUAGAACCUUCAUACUUUAUACCAAAUCCUGCUAACUUUACGUGUCAGUGGGUUUACUGUGCAUUAGGUGAUGUUUGGGCAGAUAUGCGAGAACAAUGGUUGGGGGAAUUAUAUGUCGCUAUGAUGGGUUCAAAGAAUGAUGAAGAGAAUGGUGUUGGUAAUGGCAGUGGCAACAAUAAUAACAAUGGCAACAGUAAAGGGCCACGACAGCGAGGUUUAUCACAUUCUCAACAAGAACGAUUAAAUGAUGAAUUAACAAAGGAACUUCAUGGACGACGUAGUGAACGUCUCGCUAAAAGACCACAUAAUGGUAUUGAUAUUAAGUAUGAAAAUAGUGAUUUGUAUGAGAACGCUGCAGAAGCUUCACAUAAUGGACGAAUUGCACAACAUGUUAAUAAUCUUAUUCAUCAAGAUGAAGCUGUUUUAGCAUCUUUCUGUUGGAUUAGUUGUGAUCGAUGUGGAAAACUUCGUCGUGUACAUCAACCAUUCCCUGGUGGUGCACCUUUUGUUUGUGCAUUAGCUGUAAAUAUUGGUUCUUGUUCUGUACCAGAAAAUGAGGGAUUAGGUUCUGUUUUUCGUGGUGAGUCCACACGAACAUCUAUAUAUGAUAAGAUGGAAAAUAAUAGUUUAGGUGAUUUGGCAUUACGUGAAUCUGUGGAUGCAGAGGCUUCUUUUGCAAUUACAGCUGCGGCUACUGCGGCUUCAGGGAAAAGAGCCUAUAAAGUGGCUACUGCAGGAAGACGUCAAGGUAGACGUGGUAGUCUUUCAUUAGAAUCUACACUUCCACUUCUUCGUGAACUAACAACAGUCUUGCGUAAGAGAGCACUUGGUGGGUUUGUGAAGAAUCUCAUGUUAAUGCCACAAGAAGUACGUGCGAAGCGAGAAGAGGUUGUACGGGCUUCUAUUGUAAUUGCCGAAGGUGGAAGUUACACAGAUUCCACUUCUCCUAAACGAGACAGCGGUGGAAGUCCACAGCGUGGGGUGCGAAAUGGUAGUACAUCACCUACGCAUACCCCAAUAAAACAAGAACAACAACAACAAGGAAAACGAGAAGAGAAAGAAGCCUAUUUACAGGAAGAAGAACGAAAUAGACAUUCAAAGGGAGGAAAGAAACCACUAUCAUCAUCAUCACCAUCUGAAGCUUUUCAAGGAGAAUCUCCUCCUCGUCCUACUAAACGAUUGGGAUGUCCACCACGUCAUGCCAAGUGGGAACUACGAGAGGAUGCCAACUCACAUCGUAUUUCUCUUGUGGUGAAUCCUCCAACUGUAUCACCGGAUGCGGUUGCCCAUUCUAAACAAUCAUCACCACCGUUAACGCAGCCACAUCAAUAUCAACAACAACAACAACAACAACGAACACAAAGAGAGAAACAAUUUAAUUCGACUUUUAACACAGAAACUAUAGUGAAAUCAACUGGAGUGGUGGUAGAUGUUAACUGUAACGGCAGCAGCAGCAACAAACAGAUGAGAAAUUCAAUGGAUAAAGAAGAAAAUAAAAAACCUUCUAUCACGGUAGUGCCUCCAGCGGAAGUAGGAUUUGAAAAAGUGUCGUCAAUGAAUGAAGAACUUUAUACGGGUUCUUCAAGAAGGGUAGUUGGUAGAAAACGCUCAAAACAAUCCUUAAUAGAUGACUAUUUUAAUCCGGAUCAUAGCAGUGUUAGCCCGAAAACCCCUGAAGUUUCUAGUCCUCUGGAGAAGAACCACAAUAACACCCAUGAAAGGAAAAAGAGAGCCAAGAAAGAAGAUAAAAAGCAAGAGAAAGAGAAAGAGGAGGAUGUGGAAAUUAUCCAUUGGGUUUGCUGUGAUGUAUGUAAUAAGUGGCGCAUUGUUCCACAAAAGAUACCAGAGGGUACAGAGAAGUGGCAGUGCGUUAUGCGUGGAAAUGGAACGAGUUGCAGUGAUACUGAUGAUGAAAUUCGUAUGAAUCGUUCGGAGGCGCAGCGAAAGACUCGAGGAAGACCAAGGAAGGUGAGGUAA